GGAACGGUUAUUGUAAUCUUUGCAGCCAAAAAAAAGAACAGAACUACUUUCGAUUACGUCAUUCAUCGUAUGUGCAUACGUAUCAUCAGAGAUAGAGAGAGAGAGAUCUUUCUUUUCUUCUUCAACAAGUCCAAUGGAUAAUAAUAAAUUUGUUCUUACAUACUAAUCUUUACGGUUCUGUCUAAAUUGAAGAAUUUUUUUAUCACAAAUUCUCAGAUUUCUUGAUCUUCAGAUUAACCGAAUCAAUGGUCUCUCAUCGCAUGGAAGAUUCAGGAAAAAAAAUCAGAGUUUCUCUUCUUUGGAAAGGAAACAAAUACUCUGUUGAGAUCGAUUCUGGAGCUUCUCUGAAAGAUUUAGGUUACGAAUUGAGAAAGUUAACCGGCGUUACAUCGGAGACGCUUCGUUUGAUCGUUCCAAGGUUGAAUGAAAAAGGAUCAAGCUUGAUGUUACCCUUUUCUGAUGAACACUCGAGCUUGAGUUUGCAGGAAUCAAACAUAAUUGAGGAUAAAACUAUCAGAAUGAUGGGAGUGUCUGAAGAAGAGGUCGAAGGUGUUCUAAAAGAGGCAGUGUCUGACAUGAGGAUACUUGGCUUUGAGGAAGAGGAAAGAAGGCUUAAGCAAAAGAAGUCGUAUGUUUCGAGCGCUUCAAUCAAGCUUCCGCAAGGGACUUACAUCUUCGGUGAUUUCCGCACUCUUCAGCUCCCGGGUAUAGAGUUAAACCCUCCUCCUUCUGCUGCUUUAAAGAGAAUGCACAUGCUUGCAGCAGACCCUGGUAUUAUUGCUGUUAUGAACAAGCAUCGUUGGAGAGUAGGGAUUAUGACUGAACUUGCUCCAGUUGGUUAUGUUGGUGUUAGUCCACGAUGCCUUCUGGGGUUUAACAAGAAUCAAGGAGAGGAGAUUUCUCUACGCCUUCGGACUGAUGAUCUCAAGGGAUUCAGAAAGUAUCAGAGCAUAAAAAAGACUCUAUUGCAUGAGCUUGCUCACAUGGUAUACACGGAGCAUGAUGAGAAAUUUUAUGCUCUUGAUAGCCAGUUGAACAAAGAAGCUGAAAGCUUAGAUUGGACUAAAUCAAGGGGUCACACUUUGAAUGGAACAAAAUUUAUCAAUGACGAUGAUGAGGAAGACUACUUCUUCGAUGAAAAUGAAACUGUUUCUCAAAGGCUUGGUGGAAACCAGUCCGAUAAUCUUGGAAAUGCUCGUGAAUCGUCUGUUGCUGCUGCUUAUCGCCGUCUCUCCCAUACAAGUGUUUCAAAACUCAGCGAAGAACCUGAUCCUGAUGACUUGGUUGAUGUUCGUGAUGAGAAUAAACAGCUUGUUCUCCCUAAAGCUCAGUCUGAUUCUAUGACUAAGUUUGAGCCUGAUCCUGAUGAUACCACUGCAGAUGAUGCAACCAAAACCGAAUCAUGUCAUUCAUAUGAAAUGGCAAGUGAUCUUGCGCAUCCUACUAAAGAUGAUGAUGAGCCUGAUCCGGAUGACUCAGAAACACACACAAGUAUAGGGGAAGUUGAAAAUAUGAAAAUUGUAAAUGACACUGUAAUGUUGUGUGGGAAUCUGAAUGCAGAUGAAGCUACGCAGGCGACACCUGAGCCUAAUAAUGCAGAACCGUAUCCAGACUAUAACCUGGUGGUCACAGAGAGGGAAACAAUCAUGGAGGUUGAUGAGCCGGAUCCAGAUGAUCAAGAAAUCCAGAGGAUCCAAGACUCUGUUACCAUCAUCUCUAACCGUCUCAAGAAAGCCAUAAAGGCCUUGAGAAAUGAAGUCAGCCCCGGUCAAGCAACCACUGUGUUACAAAUGCUUCUCAAAAUAGUCAGGAACAUCAUUGAACAACCAAAUGAAAUGAAAUUCAAAAGGCUGCGUAAGGGAAAUCCUGCAAUUAAGCGCAACAUUCUCAACUUUCCAGCUGCGGUUGAGAUACUUUCCGUCGUUGGCUUUGUCGAUGAGAUGGUAUCAGAAAGCACAGGAGCACAAGAACCAUAUUUGGUACUGAAACGAAAUGACCCAGGUCUCUUGUGGAUUGCCAAGUCCAUGAUUGAAGAGUCACACCCCACAGGUUCCUAGUUAAUGAUAUGGCAUUUUCUCUGUAAAACUGUAUCAUAAAUGUGUGAUUUGAGACUUGAGUAUAUAAGGAGUACGGUUUCUAUUACACUGCAUGUACAAACAUAUUUAUAAAUGAAGAGUGUGAGUCUGCUGAUUGUAAAGCAGAACAUGCUAUUUACAGGAAGGGAGAUGAAACUAAUGCAAUUCUCAAAGCAAACUCUUAAGAGUAAUUAGAAGUAAAUAUUUGCAGGGUUAAGAUCUAUACAUAGCAAUCUCUUGAUCCAAAUAACCUCUCUUCAAACUCUUUGAGCUGUUGUUGGAACUCUGUUUGAAUCAAAGCAGCAAUCUCCAUAGAUAGCUUCAGGGAAGACAAACUGCAACACACGAUGGAAGCCGAGAACC